AUGGCGAAGAAGAACCCAUCUGAAAAAGCUCAAGAAAAGGGCAAGAGGGAAGGUAAAAAGAAGCUCCCCAGCUCAACGAGUCGUGUAAAGCCCAACGACGUCGACGAUGAUAAUCCCGUCGGAGCUUCCAAGUUAGCCAGGAAUAUCAAGGGAAUCAUACGGACAAGCUUAAAGCCAAGUUACUCAUUACAGAGGGGAACUGGGUACCCGAAUCCGCACCCGGGCGGGGAAAGCUUGCGGUCCAUGCACCGGAGAAGGCUACGCCUGCUGCUGAAGAAGCUGAUUGGGAAGGGUAAUUGGGUGGAAGCCAGUGGCGUUCUGAGUGUUUUGCUUCAGGCAUCUCCCAGUGAAACUUCAACCUCGAGGAUUCGAAGGAAAUAUUGGGCAGCUUUGGAGGUUAUGCAUCAUGUAAAAGGUGAUAACAUUAGCAAAAGGAAACUGCAGCUUGUUUAUGACCUGAUGAUAAAAAAAUUAGGACGGAAGAAAAGUCGUCCAACAAAGGAAAGGUUUGCUGCUCAAUGUGAAUUUAUAAUUUUCUGUCUAACACGGGGAGACAUAGAGGAUGCCCACCAAGCGGCUUUAUGUCUUAUGCAGGAACCUGGUUUUGAGAGUGAUUCUGUCUCAAAUUUUCUUGUUGGCUUGACAUAUUUUCAGCGAUGGUAUUUGGGCAUCCCAAGAGAGAUGAAGUUGGAAGAUAUUAGUCAGUCUGCUGCUCCUAUGAAACCGGUUAUGUCUGAAGGUGGUAUCCACUCAGAAGAGUGGAUGAAUUCUGUGACUGCUUUCCAAUCGCAGAUGUCUGAAGGUUUAAUUGGUAUGUCCAUUGAUGGUCAUAAUGCUGUUGAAACUCAAGGAACAAAAUUUCCCUUGAACUGUACUUCAAGCACCUCUGUUGGGAAUGGAAAGGAUAAUUCAAGAAUUAUUGGUGAUCCUAUUAGAAAACUUCCCAUGGAAGUUGAUGAUAACUUGCAUAAAGAAACUCUUAAGAAAGAAGAUUUGAGCAUGGACUCAGCAGAGAGGCAAGGGCGUGAAGAUCUGCAUGAUGAUGAAAUACCUAGUACCUCCAUUUUCUACACUCCUGGUCUACCACCAUGGUUAUUGCCUCUACAACUUCCUCGUUCAACUGAAAAUCUUGAGGAUUUCAUUUAUAUGCAAAGGGGUUCCCUGAAUGACAAUUAUAGGAAUGGACUGAAGUAUCUACGUGCUGCUUUGUACUUGGAGCCCUCUGCGCAUGAGGCAUUUCACCCUUUAAUACAGAUGCUACUGGCUGGAGAUAAAGUUGAGGAGGCUUUAAAUGAAGCUGAAAAGUUUAAUCCUUGUACAGUUUUUCAACUAAGAUUGAAAACUAGUCUGUUGGAACACUUUAACAACAGCAACAAUCCCAAAAUUUUCGCACAAGUAGAAGACAGUUUGAGAAGGAAUCCCACAUGCAGCCACUCAAUGGCAAAACUCAUUGACAUGCAUCUAAAUGGUCACUGUAGUACUGAGAAGGUGGUGGAACUGAUAGGGUUGCACCUAGAUGGUACGUUUGCGCAGUGCGGCAUGUGGGAAGUGUUUGCUUCUUGUUUAUUGAACCUGGCCCAUGGCGAGGGAGAUCGGUUAUCUGGCUGUUCUGAAGGUGAUCAAAAUAGGGAGAGAAGGAAGUAUACAUAUGACAUUAAUCAGAUUCCAGAUAUGUUUUGCGGCUCCGAAUCCCAAUCUUCUUGGCAGCUACGGUGCAAAUGGUGGCAAAAGCGUCAUUACUCGAGGAAGAUGCUUGAGUCAGAAAUUGUAGAAGGAGACCUGAGACUUGUGACUUACAAAGCGGCAGCGGCAUGUCACCUUUAUGGUAGAGAGUUUGGAUAUGUUGUGAAAGCGGCAGAACAUUUAGAGGGUGAAAAGAGGAUGGAUUUGUUGCCUACUUUGAGGAUACACAUGCAGAACUCAGUUGGAUUUUAUUGUAAUCUUGGUGAGACAAGUAUGAGAUGA